UCAGUCUUCGCUGCCCUUCCCAGCGCUCCCCGCUCUUCCUGGAUACUGAAACACCGGGAGUCGAGGUAGAGCGUGGCAGUACUGAAAGGAUUGGUAGUGCAAGCAUUGGGUGGGCUUGUGGUCGUGUGACGCAGGCCUUGUUCCUUGGCUUUCCCCUCGGGGACCACGACUCCUGUAGCUGCCCCUCCACCCUCCUGUUCUACCCUCCUGGGUCCCUUCGACCCGCACCUCUUUUUCCCGUCUGUCUCCAACGCUGAUCCUCCGGGGAGAGCCGGUACACGCGAGCCCUGCCUCUAGGAGCAUGCGGGCAAGGACCCCUGCACUCGGGGACAUGGAGGAGCUCCGGCGGUCCUACAGCCGCCUGUGCAAAGAGAGUGGGGCCGAGCCACAGGAGGUGGUCCUGCGGCAGCUUCACCAGCCUCCUCAGAGCCGACUGGAUCUGUCGGGGCACAGCCUGACGGUGGACACCUGCAAAGCCUUGGGCAAGCUGCUGCAAAACCAGACAGUGUGGACGGAGCUGGUUCUCAGCGAUUGCAUGCUGAGCGAGGAAGGGGCCACAAUGCUGCUUCAAGGGCUGUGUGUCAACACUGUCAUGCGACUUCUGGAUCUGAAGGGCAAUAAUCUUCGAGCUGAAGGGGCCGAGGCUCUGGGAAAAUUCCUCCGCCAGAAUCAGUCCAUUCAGAGCCUCACCCUGGAGUGGAACAACUUGGGCACAUGGGAAGAGGCCUUCACCACCUUCUGUAGGGGCCUGGCAGUCAACAGUACCCUGCGACACCUGGACCUCCGAAACAACCAGAUCAGUCACAAAGGUGCAGAGGAGCUGGCCCUGGCCCUACAAGGCAACACCACUCUCCAGCAAUUGGACUUGCGCUGGAAUAACAUUGGCCUCUUGGGAGGUAGGUCUCUGGUGAACUGUCUACCCAGCAACAGAACCCUGUGGAGGCUGGACCUGGCUGGGAACAGUGUCCCUGGUGACGUCCUCAGAGCUGUUGAACAAGCCAUGGACCACAACCAGGAACAGCAUACUGCCUUUCAGGAGAACCAGGCCCGUACCCAUAUCCUCAGCAGGGAGGUCCAGCACCUCCAAAAGGAGAAGUCCAAGCAGUUUGUGGAUUUGAUGGAGACAAUUGAUAAGCAGAGAGAAGAGAUGGCCAAGAGCAGCCGGGCAGUGGCAGUGCGUGUGGGGCAGCUUCAGGAAGCCCUGAAUGAGAGGCAUUCCAUCAUCAAAUCUCUCAAGGCCAAGUUGCAGAUGGCUGAGGCUGCCCUGGCUUUGUCUGAUCAGAAGGUCCAGGACCUGGGGGAGAUGCUGGCCACGGCACAGCAGGAGUACAGGCUAGGACAGCAGGAAGCUGCAGAACGGGAGUCUAAGCUCCUCAGAGACUUGUCAGCUGCCAAUGAAAAGAACCUGCUGCUUCGAAACCAGGUAGAUGAGCUGGAGCGGAAGGUGAAGUCUCAGCAGGAGCAACUCUUUCUGACCAGGCAGGAGCUGACCCACACAUCAGCUGAGAUGAAGAUGCGAACUGUCCAGGCUGAGGAGCGCCUGGACAUGGAGAAGAGAAGGGCCCGGCAGAGCUUAGAGGACUCUGAGAAGCUACACUUGAAGGAGGUGGAGUGCAUUACCCGCCACCUAGAGGAGAGUCAGAAGGCCAUGCAGGAGAGGGUGCACAGGCUGGAGGCCCUUCGGCUGUCCCUGGAGGAGGAGCUGAGCCAUGUGAAGGCGGCGGCACUCAGUGAGCGCGGCCAGGCUGAGGAGGAGCUCAUGAAGGCCAGGAACCAAGCUCGCCUGGAGGAGCAACAGCACCUGGCACACAUGGAGGAGAAGCUGCGGCUGCUGGCGCAAGCACGAGAUGAGGCACAGGGUGUCUGUACACAGCAGAAGCAGAUGGUAGCCGAUGCCCAAGCACGGGCUGGCCAACUCCACCUGCAGGUAGAGGGGCAGCAACGGCGCCUGGAAGAGCUGCAGCAGGAGCUGAGCAGCAAGGACCAGGAAAAGGUGACUGAGGUGAGCAGAGUACGGGUGGAGCUGCAGGAGCAGAUAGGCCGUCUGCAAGCUGAGUUGGCUGGCCAAGAGGCACUGAGGGAGAAGGUGGCUGCCCUGGAGCGACAGCUGAAAGUGAUGGUUAGUGACCACCGGGAAGCGCUGCUGGACAAGGAGAGCGAAAACGCAUCCCUCCGGGAGAAGCUACGGCUCAAAGAGGCAGAGGUUGCACGCAUCCGGGACGAGGAAGCCCAGAGGGCAAGCCUCUUACAAAAUGCCAUCCUGACUUAUGUGCAGGGGACCUCUCUGAGGUCCCUGAGCCCUCCAAAGUGAGGGGAGACAAAGAGGUCACACAGCAC